AUGCUCCUCAGUGCCGGACUGUCCGCGCGUUGGCUCCAAAAAGCGGUCCGUGGUCCGUGGCGGACGAGGAGUUCGACCGGACCCCGCCGAAUGAGUUGCGGAAGGACGUUGGCCACAUGUUUGAUUGUGUCCUUUUUGGUGACGUCGAGUGGAAAGAGAUGCGAGGGAUUUCGCAGAGACCUGUGCCAAGAUCCAGGGUCUCUAUGUCAGAUGAGCUCAUUUGAGGAGUGUCCGUGUGCCGAAGGCUAUUGGCCACAGUUUGAUCGCACUCCUUGGAAAGAAAAAGAAGUUCAUUUCGGAUGCUGUGCUGGACGCGGCAUCAGUGCAUGUGGCCCACAAAAAGCACCGAUCCGAACCUUUGCAGAGGUCAGCUCAUCAAUAUGUUUGAUUUGCAUCUUGCUGACUACCGUGGUGAUUCACUACAGGCAACCUCAACUUUCAAAAAUCAAGAGUGGGGAUUCUGCCAUUGAGAACUCACCACUGGUCCAUGAUGGUGCCAAGCUGCACGCAGAAGUUCCAAUGGACCGCUGGUGUGUUAGCCUGGAUGAUCUCAAACAGUUCAAGCGAAUGGUUGGUCAAGCCGUCAGUGAGGGUCGCAUUUGCCCUACUGAGAUGGAUCCUUUUGACCCCAAAGACUAUACUUGCGGCCCGUCGAUGUAUACCGUCACCGAGCAAUACAUCAAGCCAGUGACUGCCGCUGCUGGAAAUGUCAGUUGGGCGUUGAUGAAGAAUCCCGAUGGCUUACCUUGCGACGUUUUCAUCACUCACGCUUGGGCUGAAGGUAUUUAUGAAUUCGUGGACAGAGUGGUUCAAAGCUGGCCACGAGGUGGGAGAGCGGCCUACGUGUGCUUCUUAUCGAAUCCGCAAAACAUGGACAUUGCUGAUUUGAUUUCUACACCUGAGGAAUCUCCAUUUGCAAAGGCUUUGGACUCCUGCAGGCAUGUCCUUGCAGUACCAAAUCGCAGAUGUAGCAUCUACUCGAGGCUUUGGUGUGUCUAUGAGGCGUUUCUGGCUUACUCUUGGAACAAGCCCAUCACCAAUGCAACAUCAUCUGAUUUCAAUGCGUGGGCCUACUUGCUUCGGAUGUUCUUCAUCAACCAUGCAAGUAUCUCCGCAGGUUUGCUGUUGCCACUAGAGUUUGCGAGGAAAUUCUACUUCCCGUGCACCAUCCUCAUCGUCCCGUUCAUGAUCCUUUUCCUCCUCUCUUUGUCCUUUGGUAAGUGUGGUGGAUACAAAUCUCAUUUGCAGAAGUUUGUCGUGAUUGCCCUCACUGUUUUGAGCAACGUGAGCUUCGCCUGCGAUACAAGCAUGGGUCAUAUCUUCUUCGAGGAAAACUGGCUCUUCGCUGUGGAGUACAUCAUGCUGGGUGUCAUUGGAACCAUUGCCAUGGAGCUCGAUCGGUUGAACUCUGUGUCGGCGGAUGAAUCUGCUGAAGACCUACGCCGAGGCUACAGUGGACGUUUGUCGGAUGCAGGCUGCUCAGAGGAGGCUGACAAGCUGAAGAUCCUGACAGAAGUGAAAAGGAGUGGCCAUGAGAGAGAUGUUGAAGAAGCCGUGAAAGUGCUGAUGAAGAUGAACAUCUCAACACCUGAGCUCAGGGCUACUGUUGAAAGAACCGGAACUCUGACAGAUGCUUCCCACUGGAGUCGUGCCAUUCUUUUCGUAACGUUCAUUGCGUUCCCUGGCCAAACCCCUUUCAUACUGCUCAAGUAUGGACACCACGUGCUUGGGAUGCAAUAUGGAUCCUUUCUCCAUUACCUGUUGAUUGUCCUCUCAACACUAUCCGCACUGGCUUUUGCAUACCUUUUCAUGGUCCUUCCUGUGGACCGGAAAGCCUUUGCUGCGCGAGUGCAGUCGUUUUGGAUGCUGCUGUGGCCUGCCAAAAUCUUUCUCUUUUUGGAUGGCCACGGGCAUCCUUUGUACUACGUGGUGUUGGUUGGUGUCUAUCCCCCACUGCUGCUGGCCAUGUCAAUCAUGGGGCCUGCCAAAACGGCGCGGAUUCCGUUCUUCGGGCCACGAUUGGUCCGCUUGGUCUUUGGCAAACCGCUGUGCCUCAAGAGGUUCGGGUGCCGCGCGGGGAAGAAAGGUCAGACGGCCCAGACCAACAAAAAGACUUCAUUGCCAUUGUUCUAUGGUUUUUCGGAGAAGUGGAGAUUUUGA